CGCAUUUUCCAAAGAAAUAAGAGAGAGACUCUGUAAAGUGUAGACUCCCUCCACUUCCUCUGAGUUCCUCAUUCUAAUUUCUUUGUCUUCUUCUUCUUCAUUUCUCUCUUAAUUGCUUAAUUAAUUUUGGCGUCCAUUAAACUGGCAUUUAAGACUCUCACGAUUCUCGUAUUUUUGUUCUUGGGGCCUGGUUUUAGUUUCGAAUUUCGACCCCUUACGGGGUUCCGAGAAUAAUUAAGAACAGAGAGGUGGGUUUCAUCAGAAUCUUUGAAUAAACUCACGAGAUCUCCAUGGCCAUGGCUAAAGUGUGAUUUUACAGGAAGCUGCUCGGCGAGAAAGGGAGGCUAGGACCAUUUGGGGAUUUUUAACCGAUCAAAUGGACGGUGUCGAUGGAGGAGGAAGGCAGCGGCCCAGUUUAAAGCAACGGCUAGGAUUUAAGGUUAUGGGCUGUUGUGGUGCUACUUGGGGUUUCCGGUCGCCGACUGUAAGCGUCAGAAACGGCGGCGGCGAUGACGAUGACCGGAGAGUACCGGAUGUGGAGGUGACGAACACGCGCCGGGAGGAAAGGGAGUUGGAUCGGAGUUGCUUGAGUCCGUUGUCCGUGCAGUCGCCGGGGCCGUCCGGGAUGAACUUGGCCACAGCUCUAGCGGCGGAGCGUCGUUUAAGAGCGUCCCCACGUGGAAUGGAAGGGGGCAUUGUGGAAUUUAAUAACAACGAUUUUGACUCACUGGGCGGAAUGAUGGGAACGGGGACGCCGUUGAGGGUGUCGCUGAUGCGGCUGCUGGAAGAAACAGACGGCGGUCGUGGCGGUUGUGGGAAUUUGGGAGUGGCGGAAACAAAGAGAGAAGAGCCGGGAAAUGAUUCGAUGUGUUGCGUGUGCAUGGGAAGGAAAAAAGGAGCGGCAUUUAUCCCAUGUGGGCAUACGUUUUGUAGGGUUUGUUCGAGGGAGCUGUGGCUAAAUCGAGGAUCUUGUCCGCUUUGCAACCGUCCGAUUAUAGAGAUUCUUGAUAUAUUUUGAAGGACCAUGAUUAAUACGAUGCGGAUGAGAACAGAGGAUUGUUGGUGACGGGAAGGGCCUAGUGCUUUUGCCUCAAGAUUCGCGACAGACUGUUUUCAUUGGACGGCACUGAACGAUGGCCGUAUCUGGGCGCCAUGUGUAUGCGAUGCGGAUGACAAAACUUUUUCACGUCCGAGAAAAAAAAAAAAAGUUUAAUUAAUAAUUUAAUAGUUUCGAUGUAAUUCAUAUAAUUUUAAACUUUAUACAUGGGAUU